UAUCUUUUGAUUAGCAAAAUAUAUAAAGAUUAUAAAGUGCUAAAUAAGUUACCUCCCGGUCCCUGGAGUUUACCAUUAAUUGGAAAUUUGAAUGUAUUUACUAACCUUACAUCAAAAACAUUUGUCGAUUGGUCUAAAAAAUACGGACCAAUAAUUGGUCUACAAUUGGGUUCAUCGCCAACAGUAGUCUUGAAUGACUGGCCAUCCAUUAAGGAUGCCUUAUCUCAAGAGUCAGUACUGGCCCGACCUAAAGAUAAUGCAUUUAAUACAUUUACUGAAGAAAGUUUUGUAUCAAUGAGUGGACAGCAAUGGAAAGAUCAGCGAAGGUUUGCAUUACACCAGUUGAGAGAUUUGGGAUUCGGUAAGACAUCAAUGGAAGACCAUAUCAUCGAUGAGAUCAACCAUUUGUGUGAAGAAUUAAUUGACAAAUCGUUGGGCAUUGAGAUCAAUGUCCGCGAAGUGUUGGCCAUUACUGUCAGCAAUAAUGUCAGCGCUUUUCUGUUCGGCCGACGACUCGAUUAUAGCGAUAAACGCAAGAAACUGAUCGACGAUUUGGUUAAACCUAAUCCAACAUUUUCAUUGACCAGUGUUUUGGCACACGAUGAAUUUAAAUUACAUAAGAAAACAUUGAACUCAAAUGAUUUUCGCGAUUAUAUCGACGCCUUUCUAACUGAACUUAAAAAACCUAAUCCUAAGACAUCAUUUAAUAUGAAAAUGUUGUCUGGUAAUGUAUUCAAUUUGUUUGGUGCGGGAACUGCCACUACAACACUAACACUGGAGUGGGCACUGGUAUUGUUAGCCACAUAUCCGGACAUUCAAUUGAAAAUUUUUACCGAAAUUGAUGACACUAUUGGCAGAGAUAAGACACCACAAUAUGCGCACAGAAAUCAAAUGCCAUAUCUUCAGGCAUUCAUUCAUGAAGUAAUGAGAUUCAGAUCAAUUGUUACAAUAAAUUUACCCAGGUGUACAAGUGCAGACACUGUCAUCAAUGGACAUCAGAUAGCAAAAGGCACACAAAUAUUAGUCAAUUUGUGGGCCAUAGAUAACGAUCCAAAACUAUGGGACAAUCCUCAAGUGUUUAGACCCGAAAGGUAUCUCAAAGACAACGGAACUGUUUUCUUCAAACCCGAACACUUCAUACCAUUUUCAUAUGGCAAGAGGUCGUGUCCGGGAGAAGCAAUGGGAACGGCAGAAGUAUUCCUAUAUAUUGCAUCAUUGGUUCAGAGAUAUGAUAUUAAAGCCACCAAAAACACUGACACAACACUUGAAUAUGAAUUACUAUUUCGACAAUUAUCUCACAUAAGUCAACACAAGCGCAUCCAUUUCGGUGAAAGACCUUACAGUUGUGAUGUCAAUGACUGUGACAAAAGAUUUCGACAACAAUCCGGAUUAGAUCAACACAAACGCAUACAUUUUGACCAAAAGCCCUACAAAUGUAAUGUCGAUGACUGUAAUCAACAGUUUAGACAAAAAUCUAAUUUAGAUCAACACAAACGCAUACAUUUCAAUGAAAAACCUUACAAAUGUGAUGUCAUUAAUUGUAACAAAGAGUAUCGACAAAAGAAAAGUUUGGAUCAACACAAAUGUGUGCAUUUGAAAUAA